UGGCCGUGGGCUGUGUGUGUGGGGAGGGGUGUCAGCCCCGUGUCACGUGCCCGGGAGAUCCAGUGUCGGCUGGACCCUGAGGCCCCUGCACCGUGGGGCCCCCUGAGCGUGCUCUGCACGGGUACCUGCAGGGCGGCAGCGAGAACCAGGCAGAGCGAGCUAAGCCGGGGCAGUGGCGGGGGCAGCGGCUGGGGCUUCAGGCUGAUCGGCCCUGAAGAGACCCAGGGCCGCCCGAGGUCGGUGUGCCUCUGCCGAACUAAAAGGUGCCGCCAAUCGAGCUACCCGCCAGGCUGCAAUGCCCACGGUGCAGAUCAGAGCGGCCCUGCGGGUCUGGGACUCGGGGGACUGCCUUGGCAAGGUGGGGAGAGGAGGCUCGCGGGCUCUGGAGGAAGCCUGGACCACCAAGCCCCAAGCUGGCCUCUGACAACCUACCUCCGCAGCUCCAAGCGAGGCAAGAUUUGUGGUGGUAAGAAGCCCAUUGAUGCCCAAGCCCUGAGAAAGAAGGUCAGCAGUGUGACGUGUGACCCUGCAGCCCGUGCCAUCCUCAGCAGUCUGCUGCUCUACAUCACUGACCUUCAGGACAGGCCCCCAGGGCCUCCUCCCACCCAGGGGUCAGAGUGCAGGGAGAGCAGGGUCAGCCGCGCUCAGGAUACUCAGGAUGCCCACCGGCGGCCCACAUGCUUUCAGUUGCUGCAGGCCAAGUUCAUGGGCACUGGCCGAGAGCCCCGCCUCAAGAAGACCCGGGAGGUGGGGAGGCUGAUCUUCAAGGACAAGCAGGGCCCCAGCAGGAGCUUGGUCACCGCCACCAUCAACAAACUUCUGGACAAGGCCCGGGAGGGAACCGGCCGCACGGCGCAGGAUGGGGAGCCGCUGUGCAACGAGAAGUCCCGGCGUGGCCUCCCCACCGGGGGAAAGGGCACCGUGAAGAACAUUCUGAAGAUAUUCUUGGCGGCAGAGGAGAAAAACGUGUGUGAGAAGCCGGAAGCUGCCAGAGGGCCCCUGCCAAAGCCGGCCAGCAAGAGGGGCUCUGUCCUGUCCAGGCUGCGGGCGAAGUUUGAGCAAAGCGGCUGUCUCUGCUCCGAGGCCAGCGUGCUGCCGCUCCGCACGGAGGGGAGGAAGAAGGGCCUGCGCAGGAGGAAGACGCACCGACCGGAGGCCCGUGUGCUCUGCACAGCCACCAUGGCCAGCACCUGCAUCCGGACGCCACUAGCCCGCUUCCUGGCCUGCACGGCUGAGCCCGUGCUGGCCUUCAACAUUGCCACGGUCGUCUGCAGCCCCAGGAGCUGGCUGUCCCACUGCGCCAAAAUCGGCCACUCCGACCGGGGGCACGUGUCCAGCGCAGGGGACGCGGCAUCCAGGGAGAAUAAAACAGUGGGAUGGGGGCAGCCUGGUGGGCACCCCGAACAGCCCCCAGCACCCAGUGCCACGGCUCCUGGGGACAGUCUGGAAGCCGGGUUCCUGGGUAUGGGGCCCAAGCCUGUUUCCAAGCCAGACCCCGCUUCUGCCUCCCACAGGGGUGAGGCCCUUCCUGGCUGUGAGCCCAGGGUGGCCCCACUCAAACCAGCCAGCCCUUGGCAUGCUGGGGCAGCAAGAGAGGACAGGAUGGGGGACCCCCCCGCAGGGGACUCUGCACAGUACACCUGGGGACCGGGGGGAGCCAGGGCGGGCCUGUGGCCUGGGCCCCCAAGGGCGCAAGCAGGGGUGGCCCCCGAGGUGGCCCUGACAGUUUGCAGUUCUGAGGAUGAAACAGAAGUAGCGACCCCAGGCUCGGAGCGAGAUCCCCUGUUCGCCGUGCAGCAGACUUUCCCGGAAAAGAAGGUAGCGGGACGUGUCCCGCCACUUGCGGUGCCCGCGGUUCAGGCCCUGCGGCGCGCACAGCCGGCCGCCGAGCCUCCCCAGAUAACGGUCAGGCGGCCGCUCGUGCACGAAAUGCCGCCUCCCGCCGCGCUGCCAAAGGCACCAGGUGGUGGAGACAAGGGUUCUAGUCUUCGGAGCGGUGGGGAUGUGGGCAGCGAGGCCACCAGGGAAGCCAGCGCGGGCCGCAGCGGGUCGGCGGGGCCACGGCGGGCCUCCCUGGAAACCCUGAGUGUCUCGCCUGAAAGGGGCGCCGCCAGCGUGGGUCGGGACCUGUCAGCGGCUGGUCCGCAGCAAAGUCCCACGCGGGGAAAGGAAAACACGCGCAGCGCUGCGGACCUCUGGCUCCGGCAUCCUGAGGGAGCGGCGGGGCAGGACGCGCCUGAGCCCGCCUGCCAGAAGCAUCCGUCACCAGCAGCAGGUGACGGGCACGCCCGUGGCGAGGACGCCCCAUCGCAUCAUCCCACGGCCUCGGAGAAUCAGUGGGGAGGGGACGGCCACUGGGCCCCCGGCCGCGGCGGGACUAAGUCCGACAGCGCGGCCUCCGCGCACGAGAACGGCCUGCGCGAGCAAGAGCCCGGAGGGCCGCCACGGAGGGGCUCAGCCCGGUCCGGCCUGCGGGCCUCAGGGCGCUCCAGCACCGGCCUGGGUGGGGACAGACCCACCUCCCUCAGUGAACGCCCCAAACCGAGUACCGAGGUCCCAGGGGCCGCGGAGAGUCACACCGCAGCAGCGCCCGGUAGCGCCCCGAGCCCGGUAAACGUCGUGGCUGGAGAGCGGAAGCCUGUGCGGGAGGCAGAGGGCCGACCCCCGUCACCGCACUGCAGCCCUGCAGCAGAGGCUCGUGCCCCGGCCGCCAGCCACCCGCUCGGUUCCGUGCCAGUCGUGUCCUGGAGGCACCACGGGCUCAGAGCAACCGGGAGCGGUGCCUGUGGAGGCUCGGGGGGGACCCCUGAGGCUCGGGCCGCGGCCCUGCCGGAGGCGGGGGUCCCCUUGUGCACGCGGGCUGCGGCGGAGAGCAAAGCUAGCACAGGGGCAGGGGGCAGAGGUGCCACAGCCAGACACGGGAGCCCAUGCGGGGGCGACCUGUCCACAGUCCCAGGCUGGUCUCACCCCACGACCCAGGGCAGUGCUGGCGUGGGGCCUCCCCAGAACCAACUGAGCAAGGAAGACAAGUGCAUCCUGCCUGAAAAGCAGGUGCCUCCCAGUGCGGAGGCUUCUCGGGCGGCAGCAGAAGGGCAGCGGGCAGGCCAGGUGCCCCCAAAGUGCCCAGACCUCCAGGCACACCUGCUGCCUGCAUCCCUCCUAAGGUCUGGCGUCCCAAAGGGAGUGGAGGACAGGGGCACACAUCAACCUCUGGCAGGCCUGGGGGCACUGGAGGAGAGGGCCGCAGGGCCCAUGAGGCUCGGUGGUCCCCUGGAGAAGGGGGUAGCUCUCCGGGGUCGGGAGCCUGGGUCAUGUGCUGCUGAAGAGGGUCAGAAACGGCCCUGGGGGGUCCAGGUGGGCAGUGGUCCGGACAUGGGGGCCACCAAGAUGGAGACUGGUCAACACCCCAAGAAGGGCCUAGAACGUGUGCAGGGGCAGCAGGCUUGGCGUGCAGAGAGCCCCCGUUUGGGAUACAGUGCCCAGGCUGGUAGGAUGGUGUCCCGCAGCUCGGUGGGCCCCCCCAAAAGCUCCUCAGAAGCAGUGGCCACUACAGAUCCAAGCAGGAUGUCCCAGGGACCAGGCCCCAGGGGCGGCCAGGGAGGGCCUGGAAUACCACACCGGGUGGGAGAAAGGCCGUGGCCCUCCGGCCCCGAGCCAGCGCAGGGCUCCGUGGUGCCCGCUCCCCGUGCCCCAGCCCAGGAGGGGCCCUCACACACCCCUGCGGCAGGGAGAGGUGCGGUGGAGCAUGAGCACCACAGAAGGCUGGCACGCUUCGCAAAGUAUAGAGCCCAGAGCUUCAGCGACCAGAGGUCCUUCGAUCUGUCCUUCAGACCCACAACCAUCAGGGCCAGCGACACGUUUGAGCUUCCGAAGUGA